AUGCCUAACAUUUCCGAAGAGCCCCGUUCCUGUGUUAAUCACGAUUCUGGAGUACUAGCAAAUGGCGAUGGAAAUUGUGCUUCUUCUGAUAAUAUUUUAAAAGGUCUAGAAAAAAGUGCCACUAAGGUUAGUUCAUUCCAAGAAGUGGAUGAGAUACAGAAGGUUCUCACCGAACGUGAAGAAACUUGUCACCGAACCUGUUUCUCGCUAACAUUCAAUGGAAAAACUUUGGAUCCUUUCUCUGAGUUAAAAAACAUAGAAGGCCUUGGUGAUGGGGCUGAACUUAGAGUUGUAGAGGGUUCGUAUACUUUUUUUGGCAUUGCUUUUUCAACAGAGAGAUAUAAUCUUCGUGAAGCAAAGAACCACGUUCGCCAUGUCCAUUCUGUUCUUCAUAGCGUCGAUCUACGUGACGCUUAUUUGGGUCGAGAACAAAUGUCUCUGUCUUUCGUAACCUCUAUUACUGGUAACGACAUCCUAGGUAAAUGGCAUUCAUUUCAAACGAAGCCUGAUCCAGAUAAUGGAAUCGUCCCUCCUGAUUACCUUAUUCCUGGAAACUCGGCUACUAGGGCCGUAUGUCUUCCCCUUGUGCCCUUGCACCCACAGGAAAAACUAAUAAAAUGUCUCAAGCAGAUGAAUUUUAGUAAUUGGAAUCCUCCUCCUACCACUCGUCGUCUUGUUGGAGACCUCCUUUACCUCUAUGUUCAUACCUUAGAAGACAAACGGUUUCAUAUAACAUCAUGUCCUCGAGGCUUCUAUGUGAACCGGUCAGUAACUUAUUGUUUUAGUUAUAGUUUUGAUACAUUAUAUCAGCAAACCCCAAGUGCCUCUGGCUAG